GAAUCUACAAGAGCAAUCUACUCUACACGGAUUGAGGAAAAGGGGGGGAGAUCUGAGAUGACAAUGUUGUCGCAGCCGCACUCCGAUUACACUCAUUGAUUUUCUCUCUCUUCACAUCAAAAUUCAAAACCCUAUUCCCUUUUCCUCUUCGCGAUUCCCAUUGAUUUCCCCUCAAGCUUCACUGUGCAUGCUCUCGCUCUGAGACCAUGCCUCGUAAAGUAAACUACGGACUCGAUUACUACGAAGACGACGACUAUGCCGACUACGACUACGAUCUUGACAUACAAGAACAACAUGUAACAGGAGAAGGACCUGAUACAAAGCAAGAGACCGUGAGACCUGGACUUUGGCCAUGCCCCAUUUGCACUUAUGACAACGAUGACAGUAUGACUACCUGCGAUAUUUGUGGUGUUGUACGUCAUUCCUUUGUUAACAUGGCAACUUCUAACACUAUCAAACCAGUUGAAGACAUAAGCAAAACUCCUGGAGCAUCCAAGUUGGCCAGGUCUCUUUUUCAACCAUUACCAAAACAGAUUCCCAAAGAGCUUGAAUUAUUUCCUAAGCAGGAUGAUGGUUUUCAGACAGGUGGCAGUGACUUCUACAAGCUUGAGAAUGUCCAAGGAGAAUUUCAUGAAAUUCAUAAGGCUUUUAACACUCAAAGCCAUCCCUAUUUAAACAUAGAUUCUUUCAAGUUUGAUGGUCCAUCCCCAGAUGAUGUGGUUUAUUCUGGCCUAAGUUCUUCAAAAAAGGGUCUGAAAGAUAAAGUUGCAAACUCAAAAACUAAUCAGCUUUCGUCAAGCAACAGAGAGAAAAAUGAACUUUUUGCACAACCAAAUGCUGAAAGUUUAGACAACUUAUCAUCCCUAAUGCAAAAGAGCAGGCAGGGAAGUUCAGCUGAUAACAAGCUGGCCAAAAAUGCAGAAAUUGAUUUGGUAACUGGUAAAACUUCAAACAGCUUACAAGCAUCUUUGGCAAAAGACAAAGGUGACAAUAUGAAUAAAAUAAAUUCUUCGAAAAGGGGUACGAUUGAUAUUCAAUCAAGCAAAGAAACAUUAGGUAGUUUGUCUGCACUGCCAAAAGUCAAAGAAAGUGAUAAGAUUAAUUUCUCUUCUACCAGAGAUGGAAAACCUGAAAGUGUUUCCAGCAGUUUUAACAACAUGGUUCUUGAUGUAAAAUCUGGAAAUUCUGAUAGUACUAAUUCUAGGGGAUCUCGUCCACAAGUCCCUUAUAAGCCGGAAAACUGGAUGCUCCCUCAGCAAUCUUCUAAAGAUGCAUUGUCUCAGCUGAAUCUUGCAAUUGUUGGUCACGUUGAUUCUGGAAAAUCUACACUAUCUGGUAGGUUAUUACAUCUAUUGGGACGAAUUUCCCCAAAAGAAAUGCACAAAUAUGAAAAGGAGGCCAAGUUACAGGGCAAGGGAUCCUUUGCUUAUGCUUGGGCACUUGAUGAAAGUUCUGAAGAAAGGGAAAGGGGAAUAACGAUGACAGUGGCUGUUGCUUAUUUUGACACCAAGAAAUAUCACGUUGUUGUGCUCGACUCCCCUGGCCAUAAAGAUUUUGUCCCUAACAUGAUUUCUGGGGCAACACAAGCUGAUGCUGCAAUUCUUGUUAUAGAUGCCUCACUUGGUGCAUUUGAAGCAGGUAUGGAUGGUAGCAAAGGACAAACAAGGGAGCAUGCACAACUUAUUAGAAGUUUUGGUGUUGACCAGGUUAUAGUUGCUGUAAAUAAGAUGGAUGCUGUGGGAUACUCCGAAAAUCGAUUUGAUUUUAUUCGGCAGCAGCUCGGAAGUUUUCUCCGCACAUGUGGAUUCAAAGAGUCUUCUCUAUCAUGGAUUCCCAUGAGUGUGAUGGAAAAUCAAAAUUUGGUAGCAUCCCCUAAGGACACUGAUUUUAAAAACUGGUAUAGUGGACCUUAUCUAUUAGAGGCAAUUGACUCGCUCCAACCUCCUAUUAGAGAAUUCUCAAAACCUCUACUAAUGCCAAUAUGUGAUGUUAUCAAAUCAACUACACUGGGACAGAUUUCUGCUUGUGGUAAACUGGAAGCAGGAGCCCUUCGGAGUGGAUCAAAGGUCUUAGUUAUGCCUUCAGCUGUUGCGGGAACAGUACGCUCAUUGGAGCGUGACUCUAAUGUCUGCAAUAUUGCUAGAGCUGGAGAUAACGUAGCCGUAACGUUGCACGGUAUUGAUGGAAGUCAUGUGAUGGCAGGAGAUGUACUAUGCCAUCCUGACUACCCUGUUGCAGUUGCUAAGCAUUUGGAGUUGAAAGUGCUUGUCUUGGAUGGUGCAAAUCCCAUAUUGGUGGGAGCUCAGUCAGAGUUUCAUAUACACCAUGCAAAGCAACCUGCUAGAGUUUCGAGAAUAUUGUCGGUACUUGAUCCCAAGACUGGUAAGGUGACCAAAAAGUCCCCUCGCUGUCUCACUGCAAAGCAAAGUGCAGUCAUUGAGGUGACUUUGCAGGAACCGGUAUGUGUUGUAGAGUUCUCUACUUGUAAAGCUCUUGGAAGGGUGUCCCUCAGAUCAUUAGGAAGAACAAUUGCUGUCGGACUUGUAACAAGAAUAAUUGAAGAACAAGAAUAACAUGGAAACGUUCUGAGCACACCAUGUUUGCUGUUCCAGGAAACAUGUUUGUUUGCCAUCUUAGACUAGAUUAAGUUAUGCUGGCAGACAACCGGAAGCUAUGUGACUAUUGUUGAGGUUCUUGGGUCAAUAUGCGAAAUAUGUAAGCAAUAAGAAUGGUUAAGUUAUUCUAUUUUUUUGAUGUUAAUUUCGCCCCCUGUGUAUCAUAACUCAUAAGAGUGUUCCUCUUCAAUAGUCUGGACUUGUGUACUAUAGCAAUUUUGUUGGAACAGGAAAGCAUGCAUCCGUUGGAUGUAAUUGCUUUUAUUUUUUGAUAAUGCCUAAUGUUUAGCAUUGAUUGAUCUGAUCUAUA